AUCACGCCUGUCAUCAAUAUUUUCAUAGCGAUUCGUCCACAAAAUGAGAGACAAACGGGGAUUUAUGAGAGGCUCAUGCCUCUCAUGCACUCAGUGCGACGAGUAUGAGGCACAGCAAGGUGAAAACCCGCAUUGUGCGUACUGUGGCUGCCCUCCCGUGAAACACUCCUUGGUGACAGCAAGCGCGUCCACUUCAGCAGAUAGUUCUUCAUCCUCCGGCGCUAGCAAUUCUUUCCACCAGGUACGGCUCGAACACAUUUUUUUUCUUUCAAAAGAAGUUCUCUGCAAAAGUCGAAGGGUUGAUAGGAUAUUUUAAUCGAUCCCACGGCAUCCCUAGAGACGCCAGUGAAGGAGGCUUUAAUAGCUAUCUGCGUGCCACCUCUUCACACCUUUACGAAGUGAAGAAUGCAUUGAAGCAAUUCGCACCAAGGUGGUCACAUAUUUUUGCAUUGACCUUUGAAGGUACAGAUAAAGCCUGUUCCUUCAUAUGUAAAAUAUAGGCAUUGCAUUUUUUUUAAAGAAUAGAGUGGGAAUGCAUCAAAACAAGGAGAUAUAAAAAAGCUAAAAUGUAGAUUUGAAAAGAGCAUUCAUGUAUUAUUUUGAUACAAUAUAUUACACCACUCAUUGCAGAUGUCAGAGAAGUACAAAGUGAAGCUGGGCUGGACACCAAGACCAGUCCACCCGAAGACGAAGUAUGCAAACAGCAUUCUUCCAACCGUCCACAAGGAGUACUUCCCAGUGUGCCAGAGACCAGAUAAGUUCAAGGAGUUCUUCCUCCAGGAGAGGAACAGGCAGUUUGACCUCAAGACGAAGGCAGAAAAGCUGUCAAGUCAAGUUGAGUUUGUACGGGGCAACAACCCAGCAGCUGCCGGACGAUUCUUGGCCGAGAACUUUGUUGCAAAGGGCAAACAGGACAGAAGCACAAUUGAGCGAAACAUCAAAAAGCUGAAAGACAAACAAGAAGAGGCAGCUAAGUUGCAGGACGAGCUUGAAAAGCACGACAACAGCCUGUUUAAGCCAGGGGGGCGUUUCCUCCUACGGGGGAGGGGGCAAAGCCAUGCCUCUAAUGCACUCCAACUUGAGAACAUCAGAACCUUGCAGAGGUCCAUAUCGUCUGCAUUGGAAAAGUUGGAGGGGGCGUUGCAGAAGGUGCUGCGGUUAUACCCAUACCAGGAAACAGCAAAACAAUCCCGAAAAGACAAGGUGCAACGUCGCAAGAAAGUGAAGAGGAGGGAAAACCGGAAGGAGCAGGGCGCCAAGGAGAUUCUGGAUGCUAUUGCCCCAAACAGGAAAGGUGGCCCCGUAACACCUGCGAACAUUGACACAGCUGCUGUGAAGGGGUUAAGUCACAGGCUGUUCGUGCGGAUUUUCAAUGCUCUGGAGCAUGAACAGAUGACAACUGAGGGAAAAGACAAAAUCCUCAAGAACUUAAGCAGCACAUGCCGAAGACUGGUGAACCAGCUAGCGUCCAAGGGACCGCUGCACGCUGACUGUAUUGGGUAUUGUGAGGCUGAUGAAGAGUGCCCAGUCAACUGGGAAUGUGCGCAUCUCUUGGCGGAGCUCGAGUUGGGCCCUGGGGCACUGGCGCAAACGCACAGGUUCGCCCCGUGGGAGACAGGACAAGCUCAGGUUGGCCUGCAAGACUUAAACAUGGACGUCCUGAAGAAGUGCACCGAUGCCAAGACUCUGCAGAUCCUAGAUGACAAUGGGUGCUUCGACAUGGAGGCAAGUGAGGUCGUCUGUGCCAAGCUGGCACAACUUGAAGGUGAAUGUGACUGUGAGAGUGACUAGGAGCCUCACCUUUACAACUUCCCUUGACAUAUUCCAUGUACAGCUCUCCAAUAGUGAAGU